GCGUUCGCGUCGUCGUCGACGGUCACGUGCGCGCCGCUAGCCAAUGGGCGACGCCGCGAGCCCACCCCAAGCGCGCUAUGGAAUUAAACGGGGGCGCUCUGAUGGCAACAAGGAAGCGUCAAGGGAGGCGAGAGAGAGGAGAGAGAAUGCAGCGCCUUUAACAACAACAAAUUAUACUUCUCUAAUUGUACAUACUUUUGUGAUUCAAGUCGGGUCUUCUCUUUACAAGAUUGUUCUUCAAAUUGUCGACUCUUUUGUCGAAGUGUGUUGGGGGGUUGUUAUUUUUUUUGGGCGGCGGCUCGUGUUGAGUGACGGAUUAAGUGGCGAUUUUGGUCUCGAUUUUUUUUCCUUCAAGUUAUAUUUGCGUCUUUUUUUACGUGGUUUGGUUUAUUUUAUUUGUUGUGAUUAAGAGUUUUGGUUUAUUUGUAGGGUUCAGUUAGAGAUGUAGAGACUUUUCAUUCACACAGUACAGUACAAACAUACAACGCACAUACGUGACCUACAGUACAUUACACGUACAGUAGACGUGUAUAUUGGAAUAACCGAGCUUACGCUUGUAUCUAACACAUUUAUAGACAACUCAUUAAGUUAUAUACCGCACACUUGGAGUAACAUACACACAAUACAUAGCACACGCAUACUGUACAGCACACGAGCAUAACACAACACACUUAACACAACACACUUAACACGUAAUUAUCUACCAUUACACGUAGACCAGUUAAAAAGGAAAAAAACAGUGCCGUUUGAUCAAGUGAUUGCUUACUGAGAGAACAUUUAACCUUCGUAUCUAGUGCUGCAGUAUUUAAGUGUAGAACUGUAGUAUAAAUUAAAAUUUCGAUUGUAAACAUCACGAAUUGGACCAUUAACUAGUAUCAGCUGAACGUGUAACUUUAAUAUACACGUGAAAUAUAGUAUACAUCAAAUACAGUAAUACAAGAUAUACAUUCUUCCGAAAAAAUACAACUUUACACGUAAAUCCUUACUUUAAACUAUACAGGAUAUUUUACAAACAUUGUUCAUAAUAUUUAGUGGCACAAAUACAUAGCAAACACAUUACGCGUUUUCAGCCCAUAAACUUACCACAUCCACACAAACAAAACGCCACGCACGGGCCAGACAACUCAUAGUUGAGCCAGUGUAGACGGGCAUCAGGAUGGCCCUGUCAGACCAGUCGCAGGUGUGGUUCCCCACACACGUGCAGGUGACCGUCAUCCAGGCUCGAAGUCUUCGAAUCAAGGGCAAGCAGGGCCUCAAUGACGCCUACACCCUCAUCCAGCUGGGCAAGGAGAAGUACUCCACCUCGGUGGCCGAAAAGACGCUGUGCCCACGAUGGCAGGAAGACUGCACCUUCGAGGUCCCUGCGGACGCCUCUUCGGCCAAGAAGAGCACCCUGGUGCUCACGGUGAUGCACAGAGCCCUGGUGGGUGGCGACAAGUUCCUGGGCCAAGUCACCCUGCCGCUGCGUGACAUCUACCAGGACAGCACACGCAAAAAGACCCAGUGGUACAAGUUGGAGUCGAAGCCCGGCAAGAAGGAGAAGGAGCGCGGCGAGCUCGAGGUCAACAUCCAGUACAUGCGCAACAACUUGACGGCCAGCAUGUUCGACCUGUCGCUCAAGGACAAGAAGCGCACGCCGUUCGGCAAGCUGCGUGACAAGGUGUCCGGCAAGAAGAAGGAAGGCUCCAAGGGCGGCUACGAGUCCUCCUCGGCGGUCGUGUCGUCUUCGGCCGCGAUGGACAGCGACGAGGAGGGGCAUGCACCUGACGUUGAGCAGAAGAAGAAGAAGACCAAAACCCUGACCCUGUUUUCCAAGUCAAGCAUGCAGAAGGGCUCUGUGUCCCAGUCGAUGCUUACUCUCCCCACGAGCAAGGGGCUCGGCAGCCUGGCCUCCCUCUCUCCGUUUCGCCACCACGGCCGUCGGGAGAGCAGUGGCACUGCCUCCGUCAACUCUGACUCAGAUUCUGUCGGAGGCAGCAACCCUAAUCUGGCCGACAGCCCCGAUGGGUCCCCAGGCCCUUCCAAGUCUAACACCGAACCGCACCCUUCGAACACUGCCGGGCUGAGCACUUCUCCCCUGGCCUCCGCCGAAGUGCAGUCCACUCACCGCCGGCACGUGUCGCUCACGGGCAUCGAGGAGGAGGAGGGUAACCGAGAAGGCCUGCCGGGGAAAAGCAAGAAGAGCACCAGCAGCGGCGGCAGUAACCCGUUUGGGAGCGACGACCUGCGGGACGCGAACCCCUUCUCCGACAAGAAGGGGGCAGACGACCCGGAACACAAAAACCCCUUUCAGGAGAAGUCGCCCCCUUCAGGGUCUGUGUCUUCAGCCCCCGCAAAAAAAUCGGAGGAAAAGAAAAGUCACUCUUCAGGGUUCUCCCUGUCGAGCCUCACCAAGUCGUCCAGCAAACCGUCCAAGGUUCCCGAGCAGCCCAAGCACGCGGAUGCGGAACAGCCCAAGAAAGAGUCGGGCAAGAAGCUCAAGCUGCCUUUCUUCUCGACACCCGACAGCAAGGCAGAGUCUGCCGCCGAGAGCUCGCCGGCCGCCACAAAGCACCCGGCAGAGGAGGUGGCGACGCGGGAAAGCCCAAGGCCCAGCGUGGCGGUUAACCCAUUCACCAUGGAGGGCAAUGACACGGAAACUGUGCCGAAGCCAGGACGGAACAUGUCUCCUAAGGCUGAAAUCAACCCAGUUCCCUCCCUCAGUGCCUCCUUUCCUACUUUCAACUCCUCCUUAUCAUCUCCUCCUGCUGUCUUUGAUAAGCUGCACCCUGCUCGCACCUCACAAGCAUCCGACAAAGUAGGUCUAGAUAUGACGCCUGACAGGCAACAUUCUCCUGGCAGUCUUGAACGUUCGGGGGAAGGGGAAGAACCGACUUUCAAACGCAUUGAUAGGUCAGCUUCUUCUCAACUGGUAAAGGCCCUUAUGGGUUCUCGACGCGGUCAAGCAGAUCAGUCGCCGCCAUCCACUAUUGACGAAGAAGCUACUUCAAUUCAAAACAUUGAGGUUGCGAAAGUUGAAGAGAAACAUGUGGGACGGAAAGAUCCUCCAAGGGAGCCUUUUGUUGAGCCUGUGGCAGCUGAAGAGAAGUCUGGCAAGAGCACACGUGUCUUGAAGAAAACUCCUCUGGUGGACUUGGAAGCUGAACAAGAUGUGGAACCACCAAAACCAGUAGCAAGGAAACCACGAGCACAGGAGCCGGAAAGCCACAGCACUCCGGACACAGCGGUUCCUCCUCCAGUUCCACCACGGAGGAUCAAACCAGAGGACAAAACGGAAGUGAUUCUGCCCCAGACAUUCGAGGUGGUCACUCCAGCAGAAGCUGAUCUUGGGCCACUUGUUAAACCUCCCUCUGAUCGUGUGUUGAGAGGUGUUUUGCCUCUGUCAGAGAAGAAUGCAUUUGACGUUGAGCCCAAGAAGAGUGUAGACCAAAAUGCAGAUGCAGAAUUUAAAACAUUCAGCGAAAAUAUUGAUGAUGAUUUUAAAAUACCUUCUGUUCCAGUUGAAUCACCCUUCCAUAUAGGAAAGAGCAGUGUUGCGUUCCCAGCUGUAGAUGAUCCCAGUGGUUUUGUAGACGAAGAAAAUGAAUAUGUAAAAACUAGUCCUGUGGAAUUAUUUUCGAAGAAGUCACCUCCUAGCAGUAAUGCCAGCCCAACUCCUGCCAAAACAGCAGAGCCUUUUUCUUUCGAAAGCAUAUCUACAUCAGUGAAGUCUACAGGGCAUAUGUUUGUAGCAGAUGAUGAUGAUGACGAUAAUGAUGUAAAAACUAUUCCUGUGGAGUUAUUUUCAAAGUCAUCACCUCCUAGCAGUAAUACCAGCCCAACUCCUACAAAGACAGAAGAGCAUUUUUCUUUGGGAAGCAUAUCUGCAUCAAUAAAGUCUGCAGACCACAUGUCUUUAACCAAAACCUUAGGCUUUGGUGAUCUUCUCCAGGAGUCAGAAAGUCGAUAUGUAAAGGAACUGAGCGAUGAUGAUGAUGAAAAAAAUUGUGGUGACAUUAAGAUGCUAGAGCCUCAAGAAGAAACUGUAACUUUAAGCAUAGAAUCAAUUUCACGUAUUGAGGAUGUAUCUUCUCAGCCUAAUUUUGAUCGAGAGAGAAAUAAUCUGUUGGUGGAGCCCACCAAAACCAUGAGUCAGGACCAAAGUGAACCUGUAAAAUAUGCAAUUGAGACAUUCGAUUCAAAAGUGAAAACACCUGGACACUUGGAGAAAAGUGAAAAAUCUCCCGUUAACAAGGUGGAAGAUGAGUCCAGUAACUUGAGUGAAGGCUUUCAGCUGGAAAGUGUGAAGGAUCACCAACCCAUUAUUGAACAAAGUGUCACAAAUGUGCCAGAUAUCGCACAAAAGUCCUCUUCCACAUCUGUGAAGCCUUUAGUCAAAGAUAGUCAAAUAUUGGGUUUAAAAGAAACCAGCAACAUAGCCAAUUGGCAGACUGAACCUACAACAGAUUCAAUUGAACUGUCUAGUCAUAAAGAAGAAAUGCCAAAACCUUUGGCACAGAGUAAGACAUCUGCAGCUAAGAUGGUGCUUCGAUUGAAAUCAGAGGAGUUUGACGAUUUAAAAGAAGGUCUAGAUCCUUGGAGUGCUGAGCCAAGUCCACCAUUCAGUGAGAAGAGCUUUACCAAAACACUGCCAUCAUACUCUGUUGAAGUGAUGUCAUCUGUUCAGUCUUCUACAAAAAAUCGCCCAAAAGAAGACCCUACGCUUUCUCCUUUUGAAAGACCUGAAGAUGAUGUACAGCAGAAGAAGGCUUCCACUAAAUCCCACCGUGAAGAAGCUGAACCCAAGCCUAAGACCCUCCGCAAUGUUGUUGAGGAAAGUAGUAAACCCUCUGUGGCAUCACGGCCUCCCAUCACUGAGGACAAGAGCCCAGCACAGUCACUGCCUACGCAGAAGGUAGAGGCCCUUGUCUGGAGCCCCACUCCCGAAGGAGGUAAAACAAAAGGCUUUCCACAGGCAUCAGCCCGUGUGCCGCUGACGGAUUCCAAACCCACCCAGCCACUAGUUGCCUCUUGCCCUCCAGUACCAAAGCAGAGCCCCGCAGACACUGAAGCCAACACCAAGAAAACGCUAAAGGUUCUGGUUCUUGACGAAGACGACAUGGACGACGUGAUUACAGCAACCUUUGGGGAAAAAACGGAGCCGGCUCCAUCGCCUGCUGGCAUUUUUUCUGCAAAGGAUAAUCUGUGGGGCGGCACCAAAGACCAAUUCGGCACAAGCAACAAAUUUCCUCCAGCAGCCUCCAGCUCACCUUUGUCCAAUACUGCCGCUUGCUUUAAUGUCUCAACCUCCGAGUCCUCGGCUGACAUUUUUCCUGCUUUGGACCACAAGUCUGCUCCUAAAUCUGGUGCUGCUCCUGUAGCUUCUGAACCCCACUGUGAGUCCGAGGGUGAGGCCCAAGCAGCCAGCGUAGCACGAGUACACCUGGCAGACAUCAACAGUCGGAACAGCACACCACACCCCAUCAAGCCCAUGCGAAUCAGGGCAGUGGAACUGCCCUCCAACUCCAGCCCUGUUGCAGCCCCGAGGGAGCCAAGAAACCAAGGCAAGCGGCCGGCACCGGCGGUGCCCAGCGGCUUACUGAUGAAUGACAAGGACUUGGCGAUGGAGAUGCGCGAGAGCCAGGGAGGCCAGGACGAAGGGCCCUAUGCGCACCUGACGCGUGCCGAGCUCGUGCAGCUGCUGACACGGCAGCAGGCGGAGCUGGUGGACCGAGAGCAGCGCAUCCACGCCAUGGAGGACUACAUCGACAACCUGCUGGUGCGCGUCAUUGAGGAAACCCCCGCCAUCCUGCGGCAGCCCGAGCGCGGCGCGGGCCGCAAAGCCGGUCGGGUGUGGUGACCUCGCAGAAGUUCCCCUCUGACGCCACCCAUCCCACACGUCACUCUUCUUUAUUUGUCCACGUGAAAGAGACGUGUGACGUCGGUGGACUACGUUGGCAGUGGUGUUAGGAGCCCAGGCCUGUAAAACCUCACCACCAUCACCAUCAAUGCUGUCUUUUAACAAACAAGCAAUAAUUGUGUUUAUCCAGAGCAGAGAGCUAUUGCCCCAAAACGCUAGCUUACUGCACUGUUAUUCUGUUGUAAGCAGUGCUAAUGAUGAUGGUGGCGAGUCUUUUUUUUGUUCAGCCUCUGCUUAUAAAUUCACAAUUUCUCGGGCGAGCACAAUCGAGGGCAUGUUGAGCUCAACGGAGAAACUCCUCUUGGCAUAAUGCUCUCCCAUUGCAAUGUCGUAAAAUUAGUAGUUCAAGAAGGAGCGUGGUUAAGUAGCAGGGGGGGGGGGGGGCGCCCCAAACCCAUCCCUAAUCCUCCUGCGAGCUGUGCAGGUGGUGCUGAGAUGUACAGUGGAGACGGCGAUAGGGUUGAGCCCUGCAGGUGCUGAGCGGCUGUCCCUUGAAAGCCACCAGCCUCCUGCCCCUCUCUUCCGCCACUCUUCAAACAGCUCCUGUUUCUCUCUCUCUCUCUUUCGUACCUUCCUUCCCUUUACCUCGGCUCCGUGCCUUGGAAACCCCCUCUCUCUGUGAGAUAAUCUUCUGUGUGCCUGCCCCUGUGGUGACCACACGGCCGCUCCCGACUCUCUAAUCGGCUGUGGGAGGAUGCAGCCGCGAAGUUCGCUGUGAAGCGUGCUGUGCGGAGCAGCGCGCCGCGUUGGCAAUUAUAAACGGUGCCUUCACAGCGCAUGUCGCGAGACACUGGGUGGGGGGGGGGGGGGGUAGUUUUUAAAACGCUGGCGCGACCACUGACGAUGGAUGCUCACGGGGGAAAUCGGUGCGCGGGUGUGCGGCAUCCUUCCAAGAUUCAAAUACUGUAUCCUGCUUCCUUGCAAAUUUUGAUUAAAACAAUAAUGGUGGGUUUAAAUCUCACGAAGAUUAACGUAUAAAAACUGUCGUUCUUUCAGCAUUUAGUCUUCACAAAAUUUGGUGUAUCUGAUGAAAUUGAGGUUUUUUUUUUCUAUCCCAAAAAUACACAUUGUGUAACUGUCUUGUAAUAAUGAUAAUGACAAAGGGUGUCGGUGAACGUCUUCGUGCAGAUGCAAUUUAUUUGUAUCCUGGAAUGUUAUAUACCAAAGGGCUUUCUUGAUAAUUAUGCACUGUUAGUAGAACGUCCAAUAUGCUGUUUUCUGAGUUCACCGAAUGCUGAUGGUGAUUAGUUUUUGUUAAACUACUGUUUUGAGCGCCGCCUUGGUUUUGUUGCGCUACGGAUUAACUGUUGGCACCCCAUGCAAUUUGUAAAGCAUAUGCUGAGAUUUCCUCCAGUGUGUCUGAUUGCGGUUGCUCUCCCAGCAACGAGGAUCACGUUGGAAUGUUUUUGCCUCAUUACUAAGUAAAGUGGCCUCCUACACAAAAGCCUUGAAGAAUGAAGUGCAAGAUUUGUCACACGAAAAAUUAUACACUGGCUCCACCUUACAUUACUGCUAUUUAAAUGAAUUCCAUGAAUAAAAAAAAUAACAACAUACUUCUGUUACACGUAUACGGUAUAUUACAGUGUAGGCUGACGAUAUGUCUGUAAUUGGUGGCGUGGUUGAGUGCAAUUGUGCUGUUUUUGACAUGUCUAAAAGACACUGGAGUGCUGGACUGGCAUAUGGGGCCAGUAGAAAUCUCAUAAAACACUAAUAAUAAUGAGAAAUAGUUUUGUGUGUUCACUUUGUCUCACUACCUUACCGUUUUGUACUUUCAGUGUUUGGUUUUUUCUCACACUUGUAAGAGCAAAAUAAAGUUUGUUUGGCUGGUACAGACAAAACGGUAUGCAUCUACUGAGAUUACAUCUCCUCGACUUGCCGUCAGGUUCCUCAUACAGCGUUGGCUUUUUUGGCAAAAGAGAUCGUGUCCCAACCCACGUGGCGCGUGCAUGUUCAUGCUGCAUGUCAGAGAUGCUUUGUACGUGAGUCCGUGUUUGGUUACUUGAGGGAUUUUUUUUUCGAAACUGUACAGGUUAUUGGUUUGUAUUUGUGGUUAAACCGGUGAAAAUUAUUAUUGGUGGAAGCAGACUCGGUUCACUCUUCAGCAAAGUCAUUUGAAGUACAAGCUGAUUUUUUUGGCAUGCAGACAGAUGGAAUUUUUUUAUCGAUUGCCAUUUCAAUGUUUCGUAUGGAUGACAUUUCAAAUAAAACUUUCCACGUGAUAGACAUGACUAUAAUGAGAUUAAUUACAAAUCAAAGGAAGUGUGAGGCAAAAUCAAUCCUGACUUAAUAUUGUACAAACACUGGUUUUAUUUCUUGCUUGUUCAUUAAACCAAAAAAUGUAAUUCAAUUUGAGUUCAACCAAUGUAGUCCUUUGAGAGAUUUCUAUUGGCUCCCAAUAAUUUCCUUUGUUGGUUUCGAGCGUGGAGAACAUUCCGUUGGUUUUUGAAGUAAUUUCUGUAUAUUCUUAUGUUCCUAAAAUGUUUAUAAUUGUCGUUAGCACAAGUAUCGUUUGCUUAGGAAAUAUAUCCUUUCACAGAAAUUAUAUAAAUAUUAAAAAUUCGAUGGACGUGUAGGCGUAGUUUCUGCAAGUGCACAAUAUUAACAAUGUACAACUAGAUUUAAAAGUGUAUUGUAGCCUUCCCUCUAAUUGAUGACUCACGCCAAAUGACCUGCAAUAACAUGAAACGAUUAAAUAAUUACUUGUAUAUUGAGUGCCUUCAUAUCGGACGUAUGGCGUUUGUAACACAACCUAUGCAUGGACAAAUAUCGAUUGGAUCUUAGUCACACAAUAUGGUGAAGGAGGUAUGUUGGAAAGUGGUUUAUUAUUAAUAAAGUAUUUUAUUCUGUAAAAUGGCUA